AUGGAACUCCCGAUUGACGCUACCGCCAAGAGUGAAGUUCACGCAGUUAUUCGGUUUUUGAAUACAAACCGCAUAAAACCGAUCGAAAUUCAUCGCCAAUUAACGGAUGUGUAUGGCGAGUCGUGCAUGGAUGUCAAAAACAUCCGCAAGUGGUGUAGGAAGUUUGCAGCUGGUCGUACUAAAAUUAAUGAUGAAGAAAGAAGCGGGCGACUAUCAAUUUCCGACGAGACAGUCACGAAGGUUGAGCAAAUCCUGCGUGAAAAUCGGUGGAUCACUCUGGAUGAUAUCCGCAUUUUGGUUCCUGGGGUUUCCCAAAGCACCAUUCAUACGGUUUUGAGUAAAAAAUUGCAAUAUCGGAAGGUGCACGCAAGAUGGUUCCCGCGAAUGUUCACAGAAGACCAUAAACGGGACAUCAUGACCCACCCACCUUAUGGUCCGGACUUGGCACCCAGUGACUACCACCCGUUCCCUAAGUUGGAAGAACAUUUGGCAGGAACGCGCUUCGGCAAUGACGACGAGGUGAAAGAUGAGGUCCAACGCUUCCUUAACGACAUGGCGGGAUCCAGAAAACAUGCAAAGUCCUACAGUCCCAAGGAAUCUAUUAUAUAUGCCAGUACCAACGGUGUCAACGUCUCGCUGAUUGGUGGCAACGACAGUAACGACAGCGGCAUCGCGAACAAACCGCUCCCAGCUAAACGGAAGCAUGUGGGAGCUAUCAGUGUUAUGUGCCGGCACUACACGUCGUGGGGAGCAUGGUCACACUGCACGUGGCGAUGUGAGCAGUUCCGAACAAGAACCUGCCGGGAACCGGCCUUCUGUGGUAACACCACCAUUAAGGUCAAACGCCAUUGCAAGAAGCGCAACAAAAAUUGCAGUUUCCUGUCGUACAAGGUGGUUACUCCGCUGAAACGGGCCAAAUACGUACAGAACAUCAUCAUGACCAACUUCUACAACAAGUGGUCACCGUGGUCAACAUGCAGCCGGGACUGCAAGCAACGGCGCAAGAGGCAGUGUCGCACCCGUCUGGAGAGGUUCUGCCACCAAAGUUACAUACAACAGACGCGCAGAUGUCGACCGCCAAGUGGCGUCUGUAACAAGAAGUAUACGCUGUCCGUGAUGACCGCUGACCAGUUUUCGUCCAGCAAGAAGGGAGAAACCAGUAAUCGGCAACCUGGUGCAGUGUCCAACUGCAGUGACUAUCUUCCAUCUCCUGAAAGAUGCGGUACCCGACCAUCUGGAUCUCAGAGGAACUAUAGAAUUAUCGGUGGCUUUGAGGUCAGGCGCAAUAGCUGGCCUUGGCAGAUUGCCAAACAUCUACCAUCUGAUUGUAAUUUGGAUGUUGUACCAUAUAACUCCUACAUUCAACCUCUCAUAUUUCCUCACCAUCACCUCAUUAAAGUUCUUCCAUUUAACUCGUCAAACAACAUAAUUUAUUAA